CCUCGGGGCAGGCGGAAGUGCAGGAGCAGUGCUUGAGGCAGCAUGGAGGCUGUGGGGGAGAGAGGUAACCUGGCUGGGAUUGGACACAUCCUUCUGGUGCUCUCAGGAAAAGGAGGCGUGGGAAAAAGCACUGUCUCCACCGAACUGGCUUUGGCUUUACGGCACGCUGGGAAGAAGGUGGGGAUCCUGGAUGUGGACCUAUGUGGCCCCAGCAUCCCUCAAAUGCUCAAAGUCCAGGGCAAGGGCGUGCACCAGUGUGACAGUGGCUGGGUGCCUGUCUUCGUCGACCAGGACAAAAGCAUCUCUCUCAUGUCGAUUGGCUUCUUGCUGGAGAAGCCAGACGAUGCUGUGGUUUGGAGAGGACCCAAGAAAAACGCUUUGAUAAAGCAAUUUAUCUCCGACGUGACCUGGGGAGAUCUCGACUUCCUCAUUGUGGAUACGCCUCCGGGGACCACGGAUGAGCACAUCUCUACGGUAGAAUCCCUUCGCCCAUAUAAGCCUCUCGGGGCAGUCCUGGUCACGACGCCACAGGCGGUGUCUAUAGGGGAUGUCAGGCGAGAGCUGACGUUCUGUAAGAAGACAGGAUUGCGAGUGAUCGGGAUUGUAGAGAACAUGAGUGGUUUCGUCUGCCCGCACUGUUUGGAGUGCACAAACCUCUUUUCCAAAGGGGGUGGUGAAGAGCUGGCCAGGCAUGCUGGAGUCCCAUUCCUAGGGUGUGUUCCCCUUGAUCCCCAGCUCACUCAGAGCUUGGAGGAAGGCAGAGAUUUCAUCCAGGAGUUUCCCAAGAGCUCUGCCUUCCCUGCCCUUGCUCACAUCGCCCAGCAGAUCUUGGACAGGACAUCCUGAGCAUGUUUCUAAGGCUGGACUCUCGUUGGCCACAUCUUUGCAGCGCUGUCAGCCAUGCUCCAAGCCGAUGGGGAAUGUCAAAGCUGUUUUAAAUCU